CAGCUCGGGAUUUGACUUAGAGAGGAGGAGGGAGGAGGGUUGGUUAAUCAGUUGCCACACGGCGGCGCACGCUCGCGCCAUUUUUUUUGCUUCGCCCUCGCCGCGUGAUGGGCUCGAGGGGCGACUCGUGGGAGACGGCGAGCGGCGUCUCCUCCUCCUCCUCCGGACUCCGCGCAACGGCGGCGGCGGCGGAGGAGGAGGAGGGAGAGGAGGAGGAGGAUGCGGCGAUGGCGAACAGGGUGUUCGUGGCGCUCCCGGUGCAGCAGAAGAACGGCAGGUCCACCAUCGCGUGGGUGCUCCGCCACCUCGCGGAGGUGGCCUCCGCGCCCGCCGCCGCGGUCGUGGUGGUGGCGCACGUCCACUCGCCGGCGCAGAUGAUUCCGAUGAGCAUGGGAGGCAAGUUCCAUGCAAGUAAAUUGAGGCCAGAGCAGGUCAGUAAUUACAGAAAAUAUGAAAAGGAGCAGGUGGAGAAGGAUUUGGAUGAGUACCUUGAGCAAUGCACAAGAAUGAAGGUCAAAUGCGAGAAAAUUGUCAUUGAAAAUGAAGACAUUGCUAGUGGGAUUAUAGAGCUUAUUUUGCUGCAUGGUGUGACUAAACUUGUCAUGGGAGCAGCUGCUGACAAGCAAUACUCCAGGAAAAUGAAAUCGCCCAAGUCCAAAACAGCACUUGCAGUCAUGCUUAAAGCAAAUACUUCAUGCAAGAUUUGGUUUGUUUGCAAGGAGCAUCUGAUAUACACUAGAGAGUCUGUUGCUCCUAUUUCUCGAAAAACACAAUCAGCCAGCGCUAUCAGAGGCUCUAUAUCCAAUUUGUCUACAUGGGGAGCAACAACAACUCAAUCUGGAAACAAUGCCGUUAAUGGUUCCAUACAGAGGUCUGUGUCUGAAAAGGUUGUCCCUGCAGCUAGUAGAACAUCACUGCAACUACAUUCUCGAUCAACCCUACAAGAAGCCAUUAGCAGGCUAAACAUGGAGGGCACCUCUGUUGAUUCCUGGGAUAGCAUCCGGAGAGGAAGCUUUCCAAGUUCAUACCGAGCUUCUUUUUCUACUGUGACUGAAGAGGUGUUGAGCGAUUCUAGUUCGUCUGGAAUACCUAGAGAUGACAUCUCAACACUUGCAGGUUCUGAUUUUCCAAACUCAGCACCACAUCAUGAACAGGGCGAUGCAGAUUCAGAUGCUAACCUAUUUGAUAAACUUGAAGAAGCCUUUGCAGAGGUGGAGAAGUAUAGGAAGCAGGCAUAUGAUGAGUCACUAAGAAGACAAAGAACAGAAGAAGACUUGAUCUCGUAUCACCAAAAGGCCAAGAAAUCUGAGGAUUUGUUCUUAAAUGAGGCCAAGCAAAGGAAAGAGUCUGAGAAAACCUUAGCAAAGGCAAAUGUGGAGAUACGAUUAUUGAAGGAAGAAAUGGAUGUACUGAAACACAACCGAGAUGACAUCAAAAGUAAGCUUUCUGAGGUGAGUGAACAGAAAGUGACACUAGAGCAACAGGCCGUAGAGUAUGGAAGCACUGUCAAUGAUCUCAAGGAUACGGUUGCAGCAAGCCAAGCCCUCAUCAAUUCACUGCAACUGGAGUUAGAACAAUUGAAGCAUGAAAGGGACAAUGCACUCAAACAUGUAGAAGAGCUGUGCGCAGAGGGACAAAGUAUGGUAUCGAGCUCAAGCUUAUCAUGGAGCACUGAAUUCUCUUUGUUGGAGCUGCAUCAGGCAACACAGAAUUUCAAUGAUGCAAUGAAAAUUGGAGAAGGUGGGUUUGGGUGUGUCUACAGGGGUCUGCUGCGCAACACAACUGUGGCAAUUAAGAUGCUUCGCUCUCAGAACUUGCAAGGCCAGUCACAGUUUCAGCAAGAGGUUGCUGUUCUUAGUAGAGUGAGGCAUCCAAACCUUGUAACUCUUGUAGGUUAUUGCUCAGAAGCUUCAGGUCUUGUGUACGAGUUCUUACCAAAUGGAAGCCUUGAAGACCAUCUAGCAUGUGAAAACAACACGUCUCCGCUUACAUGGCAGAUCCGUACACGGAUCAUCGGUGAGAUAUGUUCUGCGCUCAUCUUCCUUCACUCUGACAAGCCUCACGCAGUCAUCCAUGGUGAUCUCAAGCCAGCAAACAUUCUCCUUGAUGCAAAUUUUGUCAGUAAGCUUAGUGACUUUGGCAUCUCUUGCCUCCUAAAUAAGUCUAGCACAGUGUCCACGAGCUUCUACCAAACAACGAAUCCAAGGGGAACUUUUGCUUACAUGGACCCUGAAUUUCUUACCACCGGGGAACUAACAGCACGGUCUGACAUAUACUCUUUCGGCAUUAUCAUACUGCGACUAGUGACUGGGAAGCCAGCUUUAGGCAUUGCAAGGGAGGUGGAGGAUGCACUUGAUAAGGGUGUGCUGAAGUCACUUGUUGACCGAUCUGCUGGAGAUUGGCCGUUUGUGCAGGCUGAGAAGCUGAUGCUUCUUGGUCUGCAGUGUGCAGAACUUAGCAGGAGGAGGCGCCCUGAUCGUAUGAAUCAUGUGUGGAGCGUGGUUGAACCCCUUGUAAAAUCUGCUUCUGUGCCAGUAGAACCACAAUCCUCUGGACACUGGUUGGAUAUGAACCACACGCCGUUCUACUUCAUAUGCCCAAUUUCUCAGGAGGUCAUGAGGAAUCCUCAAAUUGCAGCAGAUGGGUUCACUUAUGAAGCAGAGGCCAUCAAAGGGUGGCUCGACAGCGGGCACAACACUUCUCCGAUGACAAAAUCAAUUCUGGAACACCAUCGACUGAUCCCCAAUCUUGCGCUCCGUUCUGCCAUUGAGGAAUUCAUGCAGCAGCAGCAGAGAUCACCAUCGUAGAUUAGUUAGUUAGCUUGAUUGUUCUUAGUAGCAUCAUAACUUGUAAAGUUGAUAGACCAUUCUUUGUUCAGAAGUAUGCUCGUGUCGUGUAGCUGUUUUGUUUCGUGAGCUGCAACUUGCAAUGAAAUUGUGCAUGCUCAUGACUAGAGUGAUAAGCAAAUGUUUGACGUCAGAUUUUUGCUUGAACAGAAUUGGUUCAAA